AAAUAUCAAAGCAUCAUCUUCUUCUAGCUAGUAAAAGCAAAAGCAAUAUACAGUUAAAAAAUGGGUUCUCUAGUGGGUGGAUGGGAUUCUCGACCUCUCUCUGAUCCUAGAACAGUGAAGUUGCAAAAGAACAAAUCAAUGACAAAAGAACAGAUAGGAGAUUACUGGAGGUUGAAAAAGAAAACCGAGAAAAGUGGACCGGUUGAGAUGUUGAAGGCGGAGGAAGUGGUGGUGCUGAAAAGAUCAGCCUCUCUUCCGCCGGAAUCAUCAGAAAAUAUCAACAAGAACUUGCAGGGAGAUCAAAUCCAAAGGAAAACUGGAUGGUGGAGGAGGAGCAACUUAGCCUUUCUGAAUGAACCAACAUCAUCAUCCAAUGAUUAUAAUAGUGCUUGAUCAUCAAGGGAUUAUUAAUAACUAUGUUUAA